AUGGGAGGAGGGUUUUUCCCUGGACAAGUCAAAUGGAUAGACCAUGCAAUUACUGAAUGGCUGGAUGGGGAAUAUCACCAAGAUUUACAAGAGGAAAUUGCGGCCCAGGCUGCAGAGAAGACCUAUAAAGCACAGGUUGAAGCAUUGGAGAAGCAACAACUGAAAGAACAAGCGGCAGACAAUAGGAAAAUACUCGCCGAGGCCAAAAGACUUGAGAAGCAAUUGAUAGCAGCACGGAAAAGACUCUUGGAUUCCAAAGAACGACAAAGAAUUUCUGAUGAAAAAAAACGAUGCCGAAUACUUGCUGCAUUGGAACACAAACAAAACUUGGCAUUGGAACGACUCCGAGUCGCGGAGAUUAAAAAACAAACAAAAGCCCAGGAGAUUGAAAGACAGGCCAAUCUGUCUCCCGAACAGAGAAAGCAAGAGGCGCUGGAGCGAAAGCGGGCAAAAGAUUUGAUGGCAUAUGAGAAUGCGGCGCAAAAGGCUGAAGAACUCGCCAUAAGAGCCGCACGAAUCAAGGCGAUCGACGAGGCCCGGGCGGCUCAGGUUGUACAGGAUGCUGAAGACAAGCGAAACCGGAAAGAAAUAAUUGAAGGCAAUAAGCAGCGGGCGCAUGUGAAUCGUAUAGCUCAAGAUAGGCGGACAAGUGAGAAGCUGGGAGAAAGAAGUAGGGAUCAGAUGGUCCUGAGCCUGUUUCUGGGUGGUGGUGGAGCCAUGGGGUCCCAGCCUUCCCUUCCUGAAGAAAAUCAUCCGGUCAUUUCUUCAUCUGAUUUGUCUUCUUCGCUUGAUCAGUUGGACUCUGAACUGUCUGUGAGAGAUUCUAGGAUGGAAUGA